CCGCGGCAGCCGCCGCCAUCUUGAUCGCGCCGGGCCGCGGCGACCGGCUUCCGCGCGGAAGAGGCGCGGGCUGGAGGUGAGCUGGCGGAGGCCUUGGCCCCUUGGGGCGCACCGGCGGCGGCGGCGGCAGCAGCAGCUUGCUCGGGGCCGCUCCUCCCUCCCUCCCCCGCCCCGCGCGUGGGCUGCCUCUGGACGGGGAGGCGAGUGCAGCCCGCGGGGCCCCCUCGCUGCCGCUGCGCGUCUUCCCAGGGCCGCCUUUCGGUCCCGUGGCGGAGAGUUCCGUGAGCGGGCCAGGCCUUGUGUCUGCCCUUGGCCCUUCCCAGCCCCGGGACAGGAGCGCCCCGCCACCUCCCCAGGCAGCGGCUCCCUCGCUCAGGCCACCAGCCCGGCUCCUCUCCCUGUGGGCGCGCUGUGGGGAUGCGCUGCCCCCGCCUGGCCCCCCUCAGGACGGGGAGGGCCUCAGCGGAGGGUGGCGCGCGCCCGCCCGGAAGGGCUGCCGCGGGCCGGGUCAGUGGGCUGGCGCGUCCACCCUGCCGGGCCGUCCCUCAAGCGGUGGGCUUCUAGUCCCGGGCCCGAACCAGGCCGUUGCUCGCCCGCCCGCCCUGCCCUUCGGAGAGGGGGCGGCCGAGAGGCCUGCGGCUUCCCUCCUCUGUGGGGCCUGUUGGUUGACCUCUUCUCGGUUUCCUGCCCUCCGGUCCGGGGCCCAUCCCGCCCCUGGCCCCGUCACAGGCAGAGGGGCCCCGUGCAAGAUGGGGGGAGCGGUGCCUGCCUGAGCAGCGGUGGGGCCUUCAUGGAACCAGGCUGUGCCAUGGGGAUAGCCAGGGAAGCCACAGACCGAGCAGACAGAGGUGCCGGCCAGGCCCUUUGCCUGCAGCCCUGCCCAGGGAACCAUCCCUGCUGGGGCGGGCAGAAUGACAUGGCCUCGGCAGGCGUGUGCUUGAGCGAGGCGGACACGCCGGUGGGCCCCUCUCUGGACAGCUGCCUGAGGGUGCGAGAGUGGCCAGCCCAGCCCAGCCCCGGCGGCUGCUGCAGGAAGAGGGGGCCAGACGCAGCCGAGGGCGAGCCGCCCCCAAAGCAGGCUAAGAUGCCAGCAACAGAGGAGGCCGGCCUUCCGGAGGCCCUUGAGGCCCUCCCUCCGUCGGCUCCUCCUGAAGAGGUCUCGGCAGCUGGGCCAGCCCCGCAGAAGCGCCCCCGUGGCCGGAAGCCCAAGAAGAGGGCCCGGGUCCACCAAGGCCCCACCCCCCCGGAGCCUGGCGGGGGGGGCGAGGUCGCCGGGCCCUCCGAGAACGGGCCUUCCCUGCCUGCCAAGGUGCCCAAGAAGCGAGGGCGCAAGUCGAAGGCGGAGCUGCUCCUGCUGAAGCUGUCGCAGGGGCUGGACUGCCCGGCUCCGGAGCCCCGGUGCCUGCCGAAGGGGCUGGCCAGCAGCAGUGAGGAGCUCGAGACCACGCCGGGCGGGCGCCCCCAGCGCCGAGCAGCCAAAGUAGCCCUGCUGUACCUGCAGGAGCUGGCGGAGGAGUUGACCUCAGCCUGCCAGGCCUCCCCUUGCGAGGAGGAGGAGGAGGAGGAGGAGGAGGGCGCCUUGGGAGGGCCUCCGCUUGAGCUCGAGGAGCCCAGGCCCAAGCGGCGAGGGCGGAGGCCGCACGGCCAGAAGCUGGAGAGGCAGCAGGCGGAGGAGGAGGACGCAGACUUCAUCCCCUCGGAAGAAGGCCUCCUGGAAGCGGAGGAGGAGGAGGAGGAGGAGGACGAUGACGAGGAGGAGGAGGAGGGGGCCGCGGGAAGCGGCCUGCUGGCCGGCGAGGCCUCUGACCCGGAGCAGGAGCGCAGCCUGUGCGGAGUGGUGAGGGCCAAGGGCCAGUGCCGCGGGUUUGCCUCCAACGGCUUGCCCAACUCCAUCAUGGCUCCUGUCUGGAGGUCUCUCGCCAUCACGCACCAGCUGCGGGAGCAGUUCCACUCGUCCUGGGAGUUUCCGGAGUGGGUCCCCUCUGCCUGGCAGUGGGCCUUUCUCUCCGAGAGCGAAGCAGACGGCUACCUCCCCAGCGAGGCCCGCUCGCCGCUCUUCUCCAUCCAGCGGGAAGGUCUGCAAGAAGAGCCUGGCGUCCUCUCCCGCCUCGACAGGUUUGAUGCGCUGCAGCCCCACGAGGAGCGCCUGGACGUGACUUUCUUUGUGGGGGGGCCUGUCUGGGCCAUGGAGUGGUGCCCGACCCCGGAAGGCGCUGUGGCCUCCCAGUACGUUGCCAUCUACUGCCACUCGGGCAUGGAGGCCUGGCAUUCGCUGGCGGGGACCCACGCGGGGCCGGCUCUGCUGCAGCUGUGGGAGCUGGGAGCCCUUCAGCAAGACGCGGGGCCAGCCGCCAAGCCGGGCCUGGCCUACGCCAUCGCCACGGGCCACGGCUGCAUCUGGGACAUGAAGUUCUGCCCCAGCGGAGCCUGGGAGCCCCCGGCCACUCGCCGCCAGCCUCCGCAGAUGAGCCGGCUGGGGCUGCUGGCCACGGCCUGUUCGGACGGCAAGGUGCUCCUCUACAGCCUGCCGCACGCAGAGGCCUUGCGUGCCUGCCGGAGAGCCCAGGUAACAGGUGGGCCCUCCUCCCGGCACACCAUCUGCAAGGUGCAGUGCGUGGCCUCCUUGCAGGUGGGCUCCGUCCAGGCUGGGAGCUUCUCCGAGUGCGGGCAGUGCUUCAGCGUGGCGUGGAUGCCCACCAAGCCUCACCAGCACCUGGCCGCCGGCUUCUAUGACGGCACGGUGGCCCUCUGGAACCUGCCCAGCAAGUCCCUGCUGCAGCGGGUCCGCCAGCCGGACGGCUCCCUCAAGCUCUACCCCUUCCGCUGCUUCCCGGCUCACGACCACACGGUGCGCAACAUCCAGUGGUGCAAGGCAAACAGCAAUUUCCUGGUGACUGCCGGGAAUGACCGCAAGAUCAAGUUCUGGGACCUGCGCCGGCCGCACGAGCCCCUCAACAGCAUCAAACGCUUCCUGAGCACGGAGACGGCCUGGCUGCUGCCCUACAGCGGCAUCACGGUGGCCCAGGACAACUGCUAUGCCUCGUAUGGCCUGUGUGGGAUCCACUACCUUGACGCCGGCUAUCUGGGCUUCCGAGCCUAUUUUGUGGCUCCUCGCAAGGGCACCGUCUGGAGCAUCUCUGGCUCCGAUUGGCUGAACACCGUGGCUGCUGGUGACGUCACGGGGGAGCUGGUGGCAGCGAUGAUGCCGGAUCUCUCGGCUGACCCGCACAAUGUCAAGCGCCCGUCCGAGCGCCGCUUUCCCGUCUACAAGGCCGACCUCCUGCCGUGUGUCCCAGUUGGCCAAGAGGCGGCGGCGGCGGCAGGCGGGGGCGGCGAGAAGCCCCAGGCGGAGGGCAGGACCUACAGCGACUCGGCAGCCCGGAACUAUCUCCUCUUCCAGGACACGGACCUGAGGAGCUUCAAGAAGGCCCGGAAGCGGACACCGAUGCAAGAGGUGAAGGAGGGCGAGGGGCUGGGGCGGCUGCAGCUGGAAGCAGUCCACAAGGUUCGCUUCAGCCCCAACCUGGGCUGCCUCAGCUGGCUGGCGUCGGGGGGCCAGGCUGGCCUGGUGCGGCUUCACUGCCUGCGGGCCUUGACGUCCCCGCCGAGUCGCAAGCUCCAGCUCCAGUGCCAAGUCCAGUGCAGCGCCCUCCGCGAGGCCGAGGGGCAGGCGGGCCCCGCUGUCCGUUGAGGGGACUUCCAUCUCCGAGGGCUGGCGGCCCUCCUUGGCGACGUCUCCGGGCAGGCGCCUCUGGGGUGGGGCCGAGGGGCUCGGACCUGCCGCAGGCCCCCCCCCCCCGCCGGCCCUGCCUUCUGCAUGGCCCAGGGCUUGGGAGGAAGGGGGCUGACCGCAGGCAGAGAGGGUUGGGGCCUGGCGGGGCCUCCUCCCAGCCCCUUGAGGGGCGAGAAGCUUGCUCACAUUGAGCUGUUUUGUUGUCUUGACUGUUAGUAAAAGUGAGUUUGGGUUUUCAA